GACUGGAUGCUGUUUACCUUCAGUAACAGUAUCAAAAUUCUGUAUAGAAAUUCACUGAAACUCCUCUGAACAGGUCCUUCAAAGUUUUCUAUCCCAUUCUCUCCUCAAAAGUGGAUUUAUUGGAAUCAGUACCAUGAAUUUACAUGCUGAAGGUUUUCAUAGAACCAAGGAGUGCUGGUAACUCUUUAGGCUUUAUAGAACGCUCUGGAAUGCAAAAUACAUGAGAAUAAGGUACUGAAGUUUGUUAUACUAAAAAAAGCCUUGUGGAUGCUGAACUCUUAAUUUGUGCGAGGCCUCCUCAGCUUGGAACACCAUGUCCGUUACUGAACCAAUGCUGAAUAUCUACCCAUCCACCAACCACCAUGCACAGAUGCAUCACGACGGACCGCUGGCCAACGGCGAAACCAGCUCAACGACAAGCAGUGAAUCGGACGUUCAGCUCAAGGGACAGAACGGUUCGCUCUCCCCCAUGGACAAUGGCCCUGACAUGUACACGUCAGACGGCUCCAUCGACAGUCAGGGCCAAGUGCAGCAAUAUGUGAACGGGCCCAUUGCCAAUUCGUGCCCUGCAAACUAUAUCCAGGAGUACGAUGCCAGCAUGGAUGGAACGAACGCUAACUAUGUGCCCAUCCCGGGCCCGGAAUAUGACGGACAUAUGGAUUACCCCUCGCCGGGUCAGGAGUAUGUUAACCAGGAACUCUACCAGGGCCAAAGCUCGGAAUAUGUGGAUUAUAACCAGGGGCAAGGGACCACGCCCAUGCCGGUGGAAGAGGGUGUGCCACAGGGACAGGUUCAAGAAGAAGGGGUACAGGGACAGACACAGGGACAAAAACAAAAAUAUGUGUUUUAUCUUCAAAUCAAACCUGGUGAAGCAUUUCCUGUGGAAAAUGGGGACCAGGUACAAUAUAUACAUGGUCCAACGCUAGUUCAACUCCUUUCCAAUUCCCCCACCCCUCCACAAAUUCACAUGGUAAAAACAGGGCACGGUCCUGUGCAAACCAUGGCCAGCAACUUACCCCUCCAGCCUCCGGCGCCAAUGCAGUCAAUGCCAAUGCAGCUCCCUGUACCACAGGACAACCGUGACGCCAUCAACCAGGCACCGGUCUACCCUAACCACAACCAGGCACCGGCUGCGGCACCAGUACCCCAGCAAAUGUACCAGCCACCAAUGUUCCAGCCGCCUCCACCGGGUAACCAGCAGGUGUACCCCCCUCAUAUGCUGGGGGGUUACCCCAAUACGGCGGGUAUCCCGCCACACAUGCAUACCCAGUUACCGACGGUGUUUAUGGGUACCGGUGUUCAUCCAACCCCAAUGCACAUCCAGAGGUUUCCUCCAGCUUCAUGUAACUCCUCAAACCAUCCUCAUCCUACUCAACAUCAAGGUUCUAACGGGGAUCUUUCACCUAGACAAGAAGGUUCACAUAGGCUCGUUCUUCCAAGGCCUAACAGACCCCGAGAUGAGCGAGCCGAUAAACAACGAAGUAAACUUCAGAAAAAGCUGCACGAAAGGCAUGAAAGGCAAAAGGAGAAUAGCAGCCUUUCCAGUAGUCCCCAGUCAUCGCCCAGAGGCAUGGGCACCUCACAUCCUGGUGUGCUACGGCCUACAGAGAACGGGACAAGUUCAAGAGGGACCAAGAAAAAAGGACGGAACAGCCCCAAAGAUGAAAGUGAAGAAAAUCCUCAAGUGAAGAAGCUGAAGGAUCUACUGUCCAGUAUCCAGAUUCCUGAGGUGGAGCAGGUCACUGCUAGGUCAGCAACGGUCAGGUGGUCAAUGCCAGAACCUUAUCAUUCAGGACAAGGGGAUGAAGACCUCUAUGAAGAUCAUGGUAUUGAUCCAGCAGCCAUCAGCUAUGAACUCAAAGUCCUGGACAAGGCCAAGAACAGUAGUCCUGGAACCAUUUACAGUAACAGUCUUCAUCAUACACUGACAGAUCUCAAGCCUGCUACUGAAUACCAACUAAGUGUGAGUGCAAUAUUGGACGGUAUACAUGGUUCCCCAUCACGGCCGGUUAUCUUGGAGACCAAUGGCUGCCCACCUGACGUGCCCUUGAUGCCAAGGCUCACAAGUAGGACCAAGAACUUCUUAGUCCUGUCCUGGAAGGCAUCCAACUCUAAUGGGUCCAAAAUCCACAGUUAUUUGCUGCAAUGUGAUAAGGGUAAUGGUUCGAGUGGCUAUGUAGCAAUAUAUGAAGGCCCAGACAAGCAGUACAAAAUCACCAAGCUCCAGCCAUCCACUCUAUACAGGUUUAGAUUACAAGCCAUCAAUAGCCAUGGAUCAAGUGGGUUCAGUGAGGAAGCAAAGUUCUAUACAUCGGGCAGCGUACCCCCGGUGCCCAGUCCACCAACCCUUAUAGAAGCUCUUGCCAGGAGUUUGAAGCUUCAAUGGCAGAGGGGUCCUGGUGACAUCCAUGGGUACUGUCUAGAAAUGGAUGAUGAAUCAAAGCGCUAUGGCUUCCAGGUGGUGUACAGAGGAGAAGAAACAAGUCACUCUUGUAAAAAUCUUGCCAGAAAUUCAGAUUACAAGUUUAGGUUAUGUGCCUUCAAUGAAGAGGGAAAUAGUCGGUGGAGUAGCAUAGUGGCCUUUCGGACGAUGCCUGACGCACCGCGAGCGCCUUCCAAACCAAGCCUCAAGGGUAAACUGCAUUCCACCAGUUUCAAGAUCAUGUGGGAUCCACCUAGGGAUUGUGGAGGCUCUGAAGUAACAUCAUAUCAACUAGAAAAAGCUGAAGUUAGAAAUGGUCCCUUUUCGCCAGCAUAUAGGGGUAUGGAACGGGAGCACCAGUUUGAUAAUCUAAAGCCAGGAUGUACUUACUACCUUAGAGUCUCAUGUACGAGUAAAGGAGGAACGAGUCCAUGUUCGGAAGUGUUUAGUAUAACAACGCUACCCAUAGUACCAGGCCAAAGUCAUUCACCUAGAGUACAUGGAAAACCUAAAGCUACUUCAGUCAAUUUGAGAUGGGGCAUGCCGGACUACAACGGGGGUGCUCCAAUCACAGAGUUUUCAGUCGAAAUGACAGCAGCUGAUAAUAAUGUUACUAGCGAAGUCCAUCGGGCGACAGCAGACAUCACAGAGUGUACCGUCAAUAGCUUGCUACCGGGAAGGACAUAUGACUUCAGGUUGAGGUCUUGUAACAAAAUAGGGUAUGGUCCCUAUUCAGAACCUCUUCGAGUCAGUACGGGGGCGGGGCCUCCUGAUGCUCCUACUGAGCUGACUGCAUCCUGUGUCACCACCUCCGUUGUCCUCCUCAGCUGGCAGAAACCUUGUUUCAAUGGAGCUGACAUCACAGAAUACAGAGUGGAGAAGGCAUCAGAGAAUGGCACAUUCUCAUUAGCGUAUAGCGGUUCAGCUACCACUUGUGAAAUCCGAGGUCUUCAACCAGCCACCUACUACUACCUAAGGGUCCAGGCUCUCAACGCAGCCGGCCAUGGACCGUUCAGCUCCGUAGUCACAUGUCAAACCCUUCCCUCCUCCCCCGAGGCUGUACCCUCGUUACGAGUAGUCUCCUCCACCUCCGACUCGUUACUCAUCCAAUGGACGGAGCCCAGCGACUGCGGCUCAGAGAUCAUUGCAUAUAACCUAGACAUUGGAGAAGGCCAGCCUAUCUUUGUGGAGGGCAACGUUACCCAGUACUGUGUAGACCAGUUGGAACCUGAUACCAAAUAUAGGAUACGAGUCCAAGCCCUUAACAGCAUUGGUGAGGGUCCUUACAGCGCUGUCUUGAAGGCCAUCACAAGAGCUCUACCGCCAAUCCCACCAAGGUUAGAAUGUAUCUACUACAGCCAUCAAUCACUCAAACUCAAAUGGGGCGAUCAGACCAGGACGGUUGGAGAUUCCAAGUCACUCAACUUUACUUUGGAAAUGGAAGACAAGAGAGGAAGGUUUGUGGUAGUCUACUCUGGUGUCAACGUUACUCAAAAGGUUACAAGGUUAAGUGAAAGCACCACCUACAAGUUCAGGAUACUUGCCAGCAACGAGGCAGGAACAGGACCCUACUCGGAAGAUUUUGUCUUUGCCACAACGAAGGCUCCACCUGUAACGCUGAAAGCGCCCAUCUUGGAAGUUGAUCAAGAUUCUUGCCAGAUCUCUUGGGCCGAAGCAGUUCUCCAUCAGCAGGAUGAUCUCAUGCAUUAUCAAUGUCAGUACCAGAGAACAAGGGAAGGGGAAGCAAGGGUGAUCUACCGUGGUCCCGAGAAGAGCUUCAAGCUAGAACACCUUGAGCUGAACAUUGAGCACCGAGUACGAGUGUGUGCCAUCAGGGUACCAGGUGAUGGAUCAUCAGAGCUAGUAGGGAUCUACAGUCCUUGGGCUUCAUUCACCAUCACACCACCGGCGGCAAAGGAGGAGGCGCUCAUGGCAGAUGGGGACGGGGACGGAUUGACGGACCUGGAUUCCAAGCCGAUGGGAGACAGUCAGCUGGCGAUGAUCAUCGUGGCAUGCUUCUGCGUUAUAGCCAUCCUAAUUGCCGUCUUUCUUCAAUGGUAUCUAGGUUCGUAACAGGAGUGGCAGGUGAAGUGAUGGACCAAGAUGGCGCCCUCUAUGGCUUAAUGGAGGGCAGGGAAGUUCCCCCUCCCCCUCCUUUUAUUCUUCAAGGCAUUGUCGCUGACUAGGACCUGUAGGACUUCAUCAUCUGGCCAACUUCACAGUUACCUCUUAGCCUCUACGCAUCCCAUGGUAUUCGGUCUAAUCCUUCGGCAUUCUACAACUGUGGGGAGAUAUGUCGGCUGGCAGUUAGCAUUAGCCCUGUGAUGAGCACCAUCAGACUAUGCCCAGAGCAGAGCCUGAUUUUGCUUGAUAUAGAUAGGUCUUUUCUUGACCAUUUGAUUUCAAAUUUAUUUGCUUUCAUGAGACAAAUAAGUCUUGUUCUUUUUUUACGAUAACUGUAAGUUAGAUGGAGUGGAGUAUUCGCUCCAAGCAUGAAACUUAAUGGGCUAAAGAUUGAUGGGUCGUAAAGCAGUGACUGACAUCAUCCGGCCAAAGCAUGCCUUUCUCAAGGUGAAAGUAAGAUACCAAAUUGCAAAAUAUUUAGGGGUUAUUGAUGAAGAAUUAUAUUCCAUUGAUCACUGCCUAUACAGUGUGAACUAACAGACCUUGUCCACUUUCAUUAUUGAGAUUUGAAAUCCUCACUUUACUUCCACAUAAGUAGCUUCUUAAGUAGAACAUAUUACCUCUGAUAACUCUAUGUUUUAGCUGUCUCUUGUAAGUAAUUGUUGUGUACCUGUGCACAUUGCACACAUCUUACACAUACAUUGUUUAAUUGUAAUUUACAUUGUUUUGAGUGAAGAAUUCUAUCACCGUGAUAUGGCAAUGUUUAUAUAACUUUGUCAUGAUGCUUUUGGGGUUUCUGGAAGGUUUACCUAAAUAGAUGUCAAUGUAUUGUAAGUAUUUUUGGUAUUACAGGCAUAAGACAAUCAUCUUGUAGAAGUCUGUCUCUACACACCGAAAGACAUCAUUCAAACUUGUUAUCAUUCAUAUGCUGCCUCAGCCUGUAGACUCUGUCAUGUCGAUGAAUGUUGCCAAGAGCUCUGAAGUGAAGUUGCAACAUGGCUGUUUUAUCUAUAGACCUUUGUUCUUCAGAUAAAGUGAUUCAGAUUGGCUUGAAGAUCAUAUCAAGAACAUAUCGAAAAGAGCCUUUCUUCCACCAAAGUUCUCCUGUUUUAUUUGAGGGAUUUGAUAUUAAAAGCAAUGUAGAUUGUCUGUGCAGUGGCAAGAUAAGUUCAGAAGCAUUGUUUGAAAAUGAAACUGGAAUACUGGUAGUUAAUCUAAUAUUGUACCGUUAAUAUGUAUAGAAAGAAAGAGAAAAUGUAAAUCGAGCUGGCAUGUUUUACAACUAUCUCAGUAUGAGGGAUGAAGUAUUUAUUUAAAGAUUUAUUUUAGCACAUUCAAAAUACUGUGGUUUGUAGGAAUUGUUUCACUGUUGUUUCCAAAGUAUAUUUUUUUGUGAUUCCUUGCUCCAAAUGAAACUGGAAUACUGGUAGUUAAUCUAAGGAUCCAUGUCAAGGAUUUGAAGAUACAAAAGUGCAUUUUGGGAUAGAUUGUGAGUCGGCUAUGAAAACUGAUGGGAAUGUCAAGUGAUUUAUUUGUAGAGGCUGAAGUAAAAUGUAAAUUUAUGGGCUUGUAUUCUGAACUCGGGGUUGAAAUUGAACUGUGGUAUAAAUUUGUUGGCAAAAUAUGCAUAGCCAAUUGCAGUGAAAAGCUCAAUUAGUUUAUGUUCAAUUUAUCAACUCAAUUAUUUAUAACUGUCUGGAAUGAUAACUGUAGUAUUUUUUUUCAUCGAGGGUAAACAAAAAUAUUAAGUCUAAGAAAUAUUCCAUGUAAAUUUAAAAAAAUAUUCGCUUUCCAUAAUUUCAGCACAGAGUUACAGCGUGGUCUUCGGGCCAUGGAGUUCACUGAGAGUUAAAAAUCAUAGUAACUAAAAAGAGAAAAAUUAAUUGAGAAAAAACAAAAUUAAUGAUGAUGUUUAUUAGAUAAAUGGACUAGGACAAAUAAAACAAGUGGGAUCUAAUUUACUGAUUCAGAUAAAACAUGACACUUUUGGAUUUAAAUGUCAAUUAUCCUGUGGAAUAUUGAUAUGAAUGUUUUCAUAAUGCAGAAAUUUUCUCUCUUUCUCACUAGAAUUUGAUCUUAUUUGAGCAAAAUGAAUAACUUCUUGGCAAUGUCGAAUGAUAAAAAUGAAUACUAAGCAGGAAUGCUAUAACCAAAGUGCACAUACAAUGAAAUUCUAAGAGUAGAUUUUUAUUUUAUUGUAAUAUAGAAUGUUUGCAUAGAAUAACUCAACUACAUGAAGCUCUAUUUGUCAAAUUGAUAUUAUAUUACAGUAUUUCAACUCAUUCAAUAAAUAGAUUUAUUGGGUAAAAUAUAUAUAUUUAUAAACUUUUGUACUGUAAGUAAAUUUUUGUUCUCAACUGCUGAUUGGGAUUUUCAUUGAGAACCCAAACAAUUAGCAAUUUGAAUUUUAAUGUCUGAAUUUCAAUAAUGCUAAAUUGAAUUAAUGAGCAUUAAUGUAUUUGGUCAAUGAAUUGUUACUAGGUGGAUUAAACAGGUUACAUUGUGACCUGACCAUGUAAAUGAAAUGUCAAAACCUGAAAAGGCAAUUUGAGUUUAAUGUCUGAAUUUCAGCAAUGUUAAAUUGACUUUAUGAGCAUUAAUGUAUUAGGUCGAUGAAUUGUUACCAGCUGAACGUACAACAUGAACUGAAAUUUCAAAACCUUUAUUGGCAAUUUCAUUUAAAUUUCCACAUAUUACUGUGAGACAGUGGAUUAAUCAUUGUUUCCAUCGCCAUUCCCCAUUCUGUUUCGAAGGGGUUAUUUUCUCCGUAGAAUUCUUUUCAUCUUAAUUUUUUUAUUAUGAUGUAGGCUGGAUACAAUCAAAGGGAAAGGAAUCCAUUAUGUCAACCAAACAUUUUUUAAUGAAACCUAUGAAUACCAUUGGUUUUAUUUACAUGCUACAAAUCUUACUAAAAUGCAAUAACCUUCAUUAGUUUUUGAUGGGUAAGGGGUUGCUCAAAAUUUUGCGAGUUGUGACUAGUCCGACCUAGUAGUGCGUGAUACAUGCAAAUUGGCCAUCGAUGAAAACUGAUGCAUCGAAUAUUAAAACACCAAAUAAAUCAUCAAUAUGUCAGUUAUUCAUAAACCUGAAUGCUUUAUUUCAAACAGCAAGAUGGUGUUAUCUAUGCGAAAUGGGAUUCAAUUCAUUUUUAUACUCUUUGCUGUUGGUGAGGUUCGUGUUGAAUCUCUUUCUUCAAAUGACAGCUGAUUAUAUAAUCAACUGUUUGGGAGUUGGGCAUUAGUGAUAUAAACUCUACAAAGGUGCAGUGUUAAAACAAAACAAAACACUUACUGGAUGAUUUUUAGUUUGGAGUUGAUGUGUGGUGUUGUUUUAAUUGUUAAUGGUGUUUUAAUCUUGUGUCCUAUGCACCAAUUGCCUCUGAUUUCUUAUCCAGCUGCUAUGGAUUGGUAUUGGGCCAAUUUUUAUAUCAGCACAGCACCAAAAUAAGUAAUAAAAGAUUGGUCUUGAGACGAGUCUAACCCUGUGCUGGGCUAUCAUCAGUAUGAAUUGGCUGAUUGGUGUAUACUCAGAUAAGGUGUUAGAGCUAUGAAUGGCUAUAUUGAUUGUGCCUCCAACACCAGCACCAGCACAAACACCAAACUUGAAAUCAUCCAGUGUCGGAGGAGUAUCUAUAGUAGGCUUAGUUUCUCAUAUGUUUAUAUUCUUACAAGCUGCUGCAAUGGUCGCAUUAUAGAUCACAAAGUUCCUGUGUUGAUACGAUGAAGUGUUUGGAAUGGAUAGACUAUAGUAGAAUCUCACAAGAUUCACUUCAUACUCAUGGGGUUGUUCCAUGAAAAUAUUAGAAAUUGCAAAUUUGCAAUUAAUAUCUACAGCAAAUCAAUUUGAACUUUGUGUUUUAAAACUCAGACCGGCAAUAGAGUGCAAAUUUGCAAUUAAUUUUAAGAUUUCUGAAUCAUUUUGGGACAGUUUGAUUUGCAAUUGUUUUCAAGUAACAUGCAACACUCUUUCAUUGAGCCUAAGAAAUUAAAAAUAAAAAUUUUACAGCUUUAUACUCAUCCACUGCCAGUGAACUCAGCAAAAGUAACACUAGGUUUAGACAAAGGAAAAUAAUCUUUUUAAAACAGAUGAUCUUUUUUUUUUAAUAAUAAAUAACACUGCAAGACAGAUAUGUCCCUAUUUCAUGAGAAACUACUGAUGCCAUCUGGAAAGGUCAUAAAUGUAUAUCUGUUCUUAUUAAAAUGAAGGGGGUAUUCACUAAACCACUCCAGAAGGGUUUAACGUCAAGGUAGUAACAUUUGAACAUGUGAUUUCCUAGGCUGCAUCUCCGAUAAUCAUAUUAUUCAUUGAGGUAAACUAAAAGUAAAUUCCGUGAUACAGAAUGUUUAAAGCCUCACUACAGAAAAUAGUUUUGUGUGUAUGUAUGAGAGAGCAAGAGAGGGAGAGAGUGAAAGAGAGAAAUGCAAGUGUACAAGCUUAAAGGUUAUAUUAUGUAUAAAUGAAAAGCUUGCCAGAAAGGCUUGUAUUAAAAAUGUGUAAAGACUGCUAUGUAUUUGAUAAAUGUGGAUUGUUUGUUUGGAUCUAUCAAUUGUAAUUUAUUCAGUUUUCUUCUUCAACUCUUGUUUAUGUAGCAAAGAAUUUUUUUCUGUUGUUGCUAUAGUACAAUUCUGACAUAGCAACGUGUAUUUGUGGAAUGUUGAAGUUGACGGUAAGGCCUGUACAAAUCUAUGGGGAACGAUGAAGCAAUCACUUCCCAACUAAAACUGUUUUUGAAGAUUUGUUUGUCAUCAUUUAGUGUAAGUAAAAAAAUAGAAAGUACAACAUAAAGAUCUAUUUUUUGAAAUGUGGUAUAUAUACAUUCUAUGAAAUUGUCUGGCUUUUUUUCUCUCUUUGUUCUUGUAUUAUGUACAUGUGUCUGACUUAAAAGAAUAUUGUAAACUACAUAAGACUGAUGAAGUGCUCUGUACAUUGUUAUGCUCUCAUGUAUAUUGCAUUAAAAAUGAGUAAAAAACAGAUUUAAAGUAUUAAACUAACAAAAAAAGUAUAUAUAUAAAUAUAUAUCUAUAAUAUAUAUACAUAUCAUUGUGUAUAGUACUGUUAUCUAAACUGAACAAAGUCUACAAAAUGACAUGCUUUGUUAGCAUAAAGUUAUUCAGCAUUUCAAGUUAUCAGUGGUAGAGAUGAGUUUUAGAUGGCAUUGUUUUGUAGAAAACGUACUGAAUUCUGCGUGUGAACUCAUUAACAGACCAUCUGGGUCUAUAUACUUCUGCUUUCAUCUAUUCACUUGUGUUCUCACUCGUAUAUUUUCUGUAGGAUUCCGCUCACCACAAAACAAGAUAUCUUGUCCCUGCCUUUUAAAGAUUGCUUUUAAUUUUCCCCCAAAUCGGUUGCCAAGCUCCGAUACUAUUAUUUCCAGUAUUGUGAUUGAUAUGGAUUCAUCUGAAAGCCGAUACAUGGUGGAUGAAUGAAGGACUGUUUCACAAAACAGAGAUGAGAUGGAUUUAUAAGGUCUCACUCUGUCAAAUUGGCCUAUUGUUAACAGGGACAUGAUCCUGAAGAUGAACUGUUAAGGUACUUCAGGGGACAUUCUGCUGGUGGUUCAGUAUUGCUUGUAAGUUUUCCUAUCAAUCACAAACUAUUUAACUUAUGAAUAAUUUGUAUUUACUCAUUAAGAUCAACUUCAUCUGUGCGCACAUAAAACUCAAACGGUGGCUUUUCAUAAAGACCAUUGAGAUAUUGCAAGGUACUGCAAUCGGUUUUAUGUCAAUUUCAAUUUCUGAAGUCGAUUGUAAUUUUGACAAUUGAUAGCAAAAAUGCAGUUGAUUUUCUCAAAAUUACAGAUUUGAUGUGUCAAUCACACUUCUAUUUCACUGCGUGUGUUUGAAAUAAAACUUUUAUGUUCAACCAAAAUGGCCAAUAAUGAACAUGAUUUUCUUAGAAAUUCUCCCUUUUGAGAUAUAUAUGACAUUAUUACAACUCAUUUCUGUGUGUAAAUAUACCCAUCUUCAACAUACUGAGAAGGGCACAUAGAAUCAAAUUAUGAAAGAGAACAAGCAAUUGGAACAUACAUUAACAUUCCAAACUAUUUUGUACCACCAGAAUCUAAACUUUAUGGUUAAAAAUCUAGCAUUCAUUCAUUUAUUCAUUCAUCGAUGAGGCUUUUUUAACCUUGUCGUCUUAACUUUUUUUUAUUAUGUUAGUUUCAUGUGAAUGACUUGCUAUUAUUUUGAUGGCUCAAUGCUGUAUUUUCUUGUGUAGAAUAUUUAGAGAUCUAUUUUUAUCUGUGUGAUAUCACCUCAUAGGACCAAUUUUCCUUUUUAAUCUGUAUUUGCAUUCAUUUAUGUAUAUUCACAAUUCAUUGCGCAUUGUACUACAUGUAUUUCAAUUUAUGAUGUAGAGUCAUAAUACUUCUAUAUUUUGAUUUGAGGCGGAUGUUACCAUCAAGUUACUUUUACUGAAACGGUAUAUGGUAUGUGUAUAGGCAAAACAGUUCAUUGUUUAUUUUUAAUGUUAUCAUUAUUACAUUUUUCAUUAUAUGAGAUAUAUUUUUCUGAAUUGUAAUUACAAUGUACAUGUAUCUGCAUUACUAUGCUAAGGAUAUGUAUGAAAAGAAAAUAUACCAAGCCUUUCGGGUGAUUUUGCCAUACAAAAUACUCAAGACACAUUUAAUGCAGCAAGUUAAUUACAUUAGUAAUUUCCAUGUCCUUAAUAUUUCUUUAUCUCUGUUUAUUUUAGAUUGAAUGUUAAUUCCAUUCAUGAUAUAAUUCUAGCCAUAACUUUUAUUUUUAGUUUUCAUAUUGCCAUGAAAAUUUCACAUUCCCAAUUUUUAAGCAUUUAAGCUUUUUCCACUGCCUAUUUUAUAGAGAUGAACUGAGAAAACAAAUUUGUGAACAAAAUUGUGGAGGGAAAAACAAAGAAGAUUUGUUUACUGUUAUUCAUAGUCAAUUGUUCUAAUGAAAACUUAAAUGUACAUUAAAGCUUUCAACCUUCAUCUAAAUAUUAGGGUACUUUGGAUUUUUCAACUUUUUCAAAAAUAUAGAUAAUUGUAAACAUGUAAAGUAUUUAUUAUUUGGGAAUAUUGCCAUGUUAUGUUCAUUGUCUCACCUGCUUUGGAGUCGAAGAAUUUAUUAAAAAAAACAUUUUCUUAAUUAUUUUUCAUCAUCUACCAAAAUAAAAUCCUCACGCAAAGGUUUCCAGGGUCUUAAAGUUAGAUGUAGGACUUCAUAUAUUUGUAUCCUAGUUUAAAUCACUUUUAUCUAUAUAAGGUGGUGAUUCCGAAUCCCGUAUUUAAAAGUAUUUGAAAAUUAGGUUAAGGAUGAUUUAAGAAAAAUGUUUGAUUAUUCAUUCUUAUGUAGAUAAACUCGUAAAUCCAAUUGAUUGAGUCAAAUUGAUUAAGUUGAUUAAAUAAAUUAAUUGAUUAAUAAUUAGCAAUUUAUUCAGAAGCCAUUUGACUGGUGGCAUAUUUUGCACUGCCUUGUAAUACAAAGUCUAACUAUAACUUAGAUAUUUUGCUUGUAGGACAAGUGUUCUAAAUUACAAAUUGAAUCAGAUAAUUAUAUGCACAAACUACGAGAAAGUGUUUUUGUGUGUGGACUGGAAUUAGGUACACAUGAGGUUGGCACACUAGAAAUGUUUUUGUUUUAAAAUGCAUUUGAAAACGUGUUUUAAAUCGAUUUAAAACACAUGAAACCUCACUGUGUUUUUAAAGGUAGAUGAUUUUUAUCAGAACCCUACAUGAUUUGUUAGGUUGAUGGCACAUAGACUUCAACAAUUUGUUGUAAAUUUUCUUAAACAUUGCUUCCUUGGCAUCCUGCUUCCUUUAAAUGUAAUGCAAUUCAGAUUAUAUUAUUUUUAUGUAAACUUAGAUGAUUACUUGCAUAAAUUGUUCAUAGUUUUAUUUUUAUGUAUUAGAUUUUUUUUCUAUUAGUUCAGAUAUAUUUCUGUGAUUUUUCUUCUUUCUGUUGAAUUAUAUGUGAUGUUAUUCAUUUUUAAGGUUUAUUUUAAAGUUUAUGAAGUAUCAAUCUGGUAAUAGUAGAAUCAAAUUUGUUACAUAUUUUGCGAUGUUAGUACUUGUAUUAAAAUGAAUUAUAAGGAGAACAAUAGAUCAAACUGGAGGGGAAGUUCCUAGACGCUACCAAACCAAGUUGAAGGUUUCCCCCUUUUCUGUAAAUUUGAAUCCAACUCGUGCUUGCAUUGAGAAAUGUGAAAAUUAUCAAAAAUAUGAAAAUAAUAAUAUCGAUGGAAAGAGGAGAAUUAAUGUGAAUGCCUUGAAAACACCUUGUAGAAGGAAAGUCUUAUAUUGUGCUAUUGUGGAGCGUAUGAUGAAUUUGGAUUUAAAAUAUGCCUUACUCUCUCCUUGCAGAUAUGUCUAUUUAAUCACUAAAAAAACAAAUAUAUAAAUAUAUAUAUAUAAAUGUUGCUUAUUUCAUGGAUAUUCUUUUUUUGAUUUCUCAACUGCGCGAUAAAACCUGUAUGCCAUUCUUUGGUACGUAGAAAAGUCUUAGUCGAUUGACUGUAUUGUGUAUCUUAUAUAUUAGCUGAAUAAUUGAAAAAAAAGAAAAAGAAAAAAAGUAACAGUGCGUGUCUGUGGAAAUUGCGAAAAAUGUGUUUGAGGUCACAAAACAGAAAAAAACUGAAGAAAAAAAGUGGUUAAAAUGCAUUCUUUGUGAUUGACAUGAAUAAAUGUGCUUAUUUCUUUUCUGUGCCAAACCGUAUGAAAAAAUGAAAACAAAUAUACCAAUAUAUCUUACAGUCUAUAGUAUGAUAUUGAAAAAUAAAACAUCGUCUAAUGGCGCUUACAUAGCCAGAAAUA